UUCCAUGGCGGUUGGGAAUGUAGCUCAGUGGUGGAAAAGUGAUCCAUGCUCUGAGUUGAAUGCCCCAGAACCGGAGGAAAAGCCUAAUCUGCUCUAGCAUACUAACCUCAAAAAUGGGACAGACGACAGUGUUAAGUAUUUCCCGUUUUCUCUUCUAUCAGAACACCAGCACUGAAAUUCACGACGGUACGCAUUCUCUCCCACUGGGUUUCCUUGCUGAUAAUGCGCUUAGACAACAAUUACAGGCCCUGAAUUAUCUCCCUACGAUGGACUUGGCGAAUCAGCAUUAAAUAGACGUGUCAUAUUAGCUAAUGGCUUAUUCUGUCCUUCCCUUAGCACCUGCAGAAUGGGGGUUCUGCCUUUACGAACCCAUUUCCAGUAUUAAUAACUUUAAAAGUGCGUGUUGCUGUGCGGGGAGACCUGAGGGCCGUGCUUUGAAGAAGUCCGACUGCUACGAGGCUGCUGAGCACGCGGCGGGUGACUCCACGACUCCCGGCUCGGGCGUCGGGCUCGGCGGGCUAACGAAAGUCAGCUGGUUUGAACCCUGCGCGUGGCCGGCUUGGCUCGGGACACAGGCUCCAAGCCCGAUCGGGUCUCCAGCGGGCUCGCUUCCUCCCCCGACCAAGCCACGAGCCCCACGGCGCCCGACACGGCCGCGGCCACCUCACUCUCGCCCAGAACUGGGGUUUCCCGCCGCCAAACCCACCGACUCUCCCCGAACCGAGCCGCUCUCGUGCCUUGAGGCUCAACCUCGUCUUCGCUCUCCCGAUAGAAGAAAACACUCCUGCACUAAGAACGAAUCCUGUCCACAAUCUUUAAACACCAAUCCGCCACGGCAGCGGAGGGUGAGGGGCUGGAGAGUGGCUUCGGUACUGAGGGCCAAGAGUUUAGUGGUCGUGUGUGCAUACAGACCCCAGAAUUUGGAGGCUGGCAAACAGGUGGAAAGUGGAUGGGCGCUCCUUCCCACUACGUCUCAGCGAGCUGCUCCUCCAGCCUCCAGUUUCUAACUUCCAUUCUCUGUAAUAAACCUAUAAUCUUGGAAGUAAACUGUUUUCUGAUUACUCCAAGCGAUUUUAGUAAAGCAUAGAACCUGA